UACUGUUCGAAUCUGGUAUAAUGUAAUUAGCCUAGUACCGAUUUCAGUUUUCUGAGCUCUGGGUUUUUGUACAGUGCAACUGGUGCUUGUUAUCUCACAAUAUUGUUAUGCAAUGUCACUUCAUUUUUUAAACAGAAUUCUACAGUUUUUUGUGUAUAAAAAUGAGCGAGCAAUCUAUACCGGUACCGGUACAAGAUAUCAUUGAUGCUCUCAGUAAAGUCUCUGGUAAAGGAAAUUGUACAGAAUCUCAGCCAGCGAUUUCAGAUGAAGAUUAUGCUGCCCAAAAAACGGAAAUUAUCCAUGUGGAAUUACAUAUUGAAUUUGAUGACGAUAUGACAUUGUCAAAUGCACCUGAUUUGCCUCCUUGUAACGACGAUGAAGUUGUGGAUUAUAAGUUGACAGAAUCUCCACUAUUCGUGGAAAAUGACGAAGAUUCUGCCAAAUGUUCAUCAAAGCUAUCAAAAACCAGUGCCCAAAAUAAAGAUUUACCUCGAUUUAAACGCAGUUUGAAGAAUCGUAAAAAAUAUCUGUGUAAAAUUUGCGGAAAAGAAUUUACAUCAAAAGUGGACAUGCAUAUCCACGGAAUCAACCAUGCACAUCGACAGAAAAGAGUUCAAUCAACCACGAAAAGGCGGAAUAAACGAAACAACGAGAAAAUGAAAGUUGAUCAUUCAGGCAUGCAAAAUGGCCUGAUAAAACAAUUAAAGAAAAACCGGAAUAGAUUGUUACAAUCUAGAACUCAAAAUACAGAACUGAUUAAAGCUAAUAAAUUGAUAAUGUCACAACUUGCUGGAAGUGAGGGGAAUCCCCUACAAUGCAAAAAGUGUGGGGAGUUAUUCUUUAAUUCUCAGUUGCUACGAAAACAUCAUGUAAAGCAUUCAAGAUCUAAAUCCAAACAUGUUUGUUCAAUAUGUAAACGUAGUUUUACGUUCUCGGGGAAUUUAAGACGGCACGAAAAGAUUCACCAAAAUAUACGCCCAUUUAAAUGUAGCAUAUGUGGUUCUAAAUUCACACAAAAGUCUCAUCUGAUAUCUCAUCAAGUAGUACAUAGUAGAGAAUCCGCUCAAGAAUUUACCUGUAAAACAUGCGGAUCUAAUUUUACACGGAUGGGAAAUUUACGACGGCACGAAAAAAUUCACACCAAUGAAAGACUUUAUACAUGCUUUGUCUGUAAUAAAUCUUUUUUGGAAGCCGGUCAUUUAAAAGCCCAUUAUGUUACUCACACGAAUGAAAAACCAUAUGAAUGUGCAACAUGUGGGAAAAGUUAUGGCAGACAAGGGAAUUUAAUGAGACAUAUGAAACAAACUCAUCAGCUUUAGAAUUAUGGCUGUGGCGUUGAGAAAUAUCUAACAUCAACUUCAGAUUUGAGAAAAAUUUUGUGUGUGAUCACUCCAAACUUGAGAAAAAUUUAAUUUGAGAUUUUGACUCCCAAAAACAACUUUUGAUAACAACCUUUUUUUUAUAUACUGUUAUUAAGAGUGCUUAGCAAACUUGCUGCUUUUUUAGUUUCUUUGUAAAUUUCUGAUGUCUUCAUUAUCACUAUAAAAUUUCUUAACACUUUUGGUUUCUUUGGAAUAGGAAUAUUUUUUAUGUUUAUUCUUGAGGUGAAGUCUUACAGAUAAUAUGGCGAUUAACUACUUUCCAGUUCAAGUCAACCAAUUGAUUGUUUAACAUGGUUUUAUAUAUAUUGUGUGGCACCUUGUAUACAAGUGUACUUAAAUCAAGGUCUUGAAUACUCAACUGAACGAGCGCAGAUAAAUGAGUUACAAGCAACCUCAGAUGUGCUAAGAGCUAGAAAUAUGUUGUAAAUGUCAGUAGAUAACGGUUGACAUGUUUGAAACAAUUUAUAUCAGAGGCUGUCAGGGUAAAAGCAAAAACAAGCUUCUGAAUUUGUUAUGAAUAGUAGACUGAACUUUGCUAUGAGGCGACCGAGACUUUUGUGCAUCUUAGAUUACUGAAACUUGAGUACAAUCAUACACAAAGCAUAACUUGGAGUGUUAAAUAAAUUUUCCUCAUUCCUGCAAAGCGGCAGAAGUUGGAUUCGAUUUUUUUUCCUCGUCAAUAUGCCUCAAGUGUAAUUUCAACACAAUACAUUCAGAUACCCAUUUUUGUACCUAA